UGUAGGAGCAUACUUCACAAGGAAUGCAAGUGAAAUGAUUGAUAACAAAGGUACGCGAAAUUAUCACAAGUUAAAUGCAAUAGUCAAUAUGCUUUACCGGCUUCAGUAAAAAUAAAACUAAUUUUAUUGCAUGCAUUGAUGUAUCAUUUCACCUUUUCUGACCCUUUGUAAUACAAUGUUGAUUAAUAAAGUGAAAAUAGUACUCUUGAUCCCUUAAGCCCGACAAACUUUGUGUACGUGCCGGAUUAACCACAAUGUUUUCCACAGUCAAACCGAUCAAUAAUUCAUGAGCGAGCUGAAAGCUGUCAGAUUAUCUGAUUUCUCGAACCUUCAAAAUUCGUUAAAACGUGGUUAUGGCCAUGUUUUUUUAACCAAUAUAUGCAUGCUUCCGCUUUGGACGCAUGCAUUGGUUAAUAUUUAACAAAUAUAAAACAUUUUCCGUGUUGAUAUACAGUUAUAUCAACACGAGUGGAAUUGGGAAAACGAGAAAUUGUAUGGAAACACGACGCCCGAAGGGCGGAGUGUUUUCAUACAAUUUCGAGUUUUCCCAACUUCCACGAGUGUUGAUAUAACUAUAUAUCAAUACGGAAAAAAUGUUUUAUAUUUUUUUUAUAAUAUAGCAAUGUCAAAAGCCCGAAGGAUAAGAAAAAUUUCCGUGUUUACAAGCAGCGGAAAAUUUCCCGUGUUGACAUUGAGUUAUAUCAACACGGCUCUUAGCCAAUCAGCGUUCAGAAUUUACAAAUGCUAUAUUAUAAAUAUAUAUAUAUAUAUAUAUAUAUAUAUAUAUAUAUAUAUAUAUAUAUAUAUAUAUAUAUAUAUAUAUAUAUAUAUAUAUAUAUAUAUAUAUAUAUUUUCGUCAAGCUGAACUGUUUGCGUCGCUACUCUGAGUUUCACGCUUUACGCAAACAUUCGCUCUGAUACUUAUUAUGGUAUUGAGCGCUCUUCUACCUUACGUCAACUCAUCGACUAUUUUUUUGAAUAUAGUCUUCAGUAUAUAUAUAUAUAUAUAUAUAUAUAUAUAUAUUUAUAUAUAUAUAUAUAUAUAUAUAUAUAUAUAUAUAUAUAUAUAUAUAUAUAUAUAUAUUAUAUAUAUAUAUAUAUAUAUAUAUAUAUAUAUAUAUAUAUAUAUAUAUAUAUAUGGUUUUUUAAUUAGCGUUCAGAUCCGGAUUCAGUAUAUUGAUAAGUUCUUUUUCUUUCAUCUCCCUAAAAAGUCUGUCCGUGCAAGGGUGUAUAAAAAAAACUGAACAGAUUUGAAAUUGCUCUCAAUUUCGCAAAACACCUAUUUGUAUCUGUUUUUUUAUAUAUAUAGCUUCUUUGGGUACUUAAAAUGUAGAACAAUGAAAAAAAUUUCGCAAACUCAAAUUUUGUGAACCAGGGGGGUGUGUCUUUUCCAAAAAAAUUAAAAGUGGCUCGCGCACAAAAUGUAAAAGCCGUAAUCAUAUUAUGAGUUAAUAGAUGAAAAAUUUGUCGGGUUUUUAAUUAUUGUACAAAAUUUCAGACAAUUUGGUUUAGUUUAAGCCCCUUAACUAUUCACGCAAACUUACAUUUUCCCUAAAAAUUAGCUAUUUGCAUGCUUAAUUAAUGCAUUUGCCUAAUUUGUAUAUGUCAGCAAUAUGCAAAUUAGGUAAAGGCAUUAAUUAAGCAUGCGAAAGGCUAAUUUUUUAGAACAAAGUGAAUAGUUAAAGGGCUUAAACAAAACCAAAUUGUCUGAAAUUUUGUACAGUAAUUAAAAACCCGACAAAUUUUCCAUCUAUUAACUCAAAAUAUGAUUACGGCUUUGAAAUUUUGUGCGCGAGCUAUUUUUAGUUUCUUGGAAAAGACACAUCCCCCUGGUUCACAAAAUUUGAGUUCGAGAAAUUUUUUUCAUUAUUCGACAUUAUAAGUACCCAAAGAAGCUAUAUAUAUAAAAAACCGGAUACAAAUAGGUGUUUUGCGAAAUUGAGAGCAAUUUCAAAUCUGUUCGGGUUUUUUUUAUACACCCUAUAGGCAUUAUUUUGAAAAUUCCGUACUGUUUGAUAAACGUACUGUUUAAUAAACGGGCGGGAGUGUUUUGUUAAGUAGACCUAAUAAAACACGACCCGCGAGUUUAAUUAGGAGUGUUUUAUCAGGUUUAAAGCCACUGCACGUGACAUAUAUUAUUAUGGUUGACAUGAUUUGUCAAUGAGCUUAUGAAUUAUUAAUGAGUGUUUGAAAUAUAGUGUCGUGUUAUUGUUCACUCCGUAUUAUGAUAAGUUGAAAAUGUUCUCGAGUGAGUAUUUCAUAAUUUCUAGUCCGCGCGCAGGCAGAAAGAUAUUGCCUGCCGCGGCUGGGUUUUGAACCCGUCAUCUUCGAAAAACUAGAUCGACGCUCUAUAUCAGCUGAGCUACACUGUCAGACGAAUUUAAGACUGGAAAUUAUGAACUAUAUACUAAAUGUCAUAAACAUAUUCGUUUAUAUUAAUUCAGUAUAGAACAAUACUAGUUCUGUAAGUGUUAUGUUAUGUUGUGUUAUUGUUCACUGCAUUAAUAUGAUAAGUUGAAAAUGUUUUCGAGUGUGCAUUUACUCGGGAACAUUUUCAACUUAUCAUGUUACUAGUUUCAUAUUAUUCUGACACUGCAAUCGACCAACGAAAAAUUCGUUGGCACGAGCGGGAUUUGAACUUGCAUCUUCGGGUAUAGGUUGGCUCGAUUGGGAUUUGAACUCGCAUCUUCGGGAAAAUAUUUCGUGCACUUAAAUUGGAUAAGACUCGCUACCAAUCCCCGUUGACUCGAUAGCUCAAUGGGUAGAGCGGCGGUCUAGAUACCUGAACAUGCGAGUUCAAAUCCCGCUCGAGCCAACGAAUUUUUCGUUGGUCGAUUGCAGUGUCAAAAUAAUAUGAAACUAGUUUUUCGUAUCUCUGAGGAUGAUUCUGAAAUUAUCAUGUUACGGAUUGAACAAUAACACAACAUAACCACAGUAUAGGGAGACAACCAGUAGGGCCACUUAGGGGAGAGAAAAGUGGCAAUUAUUUAAGCUAGGUUCCAGGUGUCUUACGCGGCCAAAAUCAUUAUUCUGUAGUACAAUUUUAUAGUGGACUGCUGCCAUUUCUGGCUGCCAAUAUGUAAAUUAGGUUGGCAGCCAGUAAACAAUGUAGACACUUUUUUACGCUGAGUGGCCCUACUGUACUUUUCCUAUACUGUGACAUAACACUUGCAGAACUAGUAUUGUUCGAUGCUAAAUUAAUAUAAACGAGUAUGUUUAUGACAUAUAGUUCACAAUGUCCAGUCUUAAAUCUGUCUUGUAGCUCAAGUUGGUAGAGCGUCGAUCUAGUAUUUCGAAGGUCGCGGGUUCAAAACCCAGCCGCGGCAGGCAAUAUCUUUCUGCUUGCAUGCGCGCCACUAAAAUUGCGUAAUAUUAAGGGGGGGGGGACAAAUUACGCAAGGUAUGAUGGGAAGACGUUUGUCAACCAUCGAUCUCACCCCCCGUCGCGCACCACUAAAUAUCCUCUACUAUCCCUACAAAUCCUAUAUAAUUCAGUUACAUUUUGUCAACCAUCGAUCUCCCCCCCCCGUCGCGCACCACUAAAUAUCCUCUACUAUCCCUACAAAUCCUAUAUAAUUCAGACUCUGUGGAGGAGAGUGCAUGCGCGCGGUCUGGAAAUUAUUUCAACUUGUAUUUAACAAUUAUUCGCCGAAGGCGAUCGAGGUGAUUAUCGGUGAAUAAAAACCGAGACGAAGUCGAGGUUUUUAUUAACGAUAAUCACCAAACCUGAGGUGAAUAAUUGUUUUAGUAUAAUUUCAUAGGUGAUUAUUAGGAAAAAAAAUAAAAAAAUACAUGUUUCUUCGUCAUUUAAUUGACAAAACGGCUUCGUCCGCCAGUUUGAAAAUCGCUUACGUGAUUAUCGCGUAAUAAUCACCUCAACGGCAACCAAUCAGCAUGGAGAAUUUUCAAUAAUCACCUAUAUAAUUAUACUAAAUAUAUUUAUAUAACGAAUUUUGUCUGAUUCUAGAAGAAGCAGAAGAAAACGAGAAACAAAAUAAAGGAGGAAACCAAUUUAAAGGUAUGUAAUUUGUAUUGUUUUACCCGCUUUUCAAAGGCGACGUAAAGUCCGUAAUGUGAACAAACGCUUUGUUUACGUAUACAUUUUGAACUGAGUGCUACAGUUGUAAAAUAAUGUAAAAUAUGAUUAGAUAUAUAUUAUAUUGAAUUUUUAACACUCUCCUGGUUCGCUACGCUUGUGAAUGAAUACAGACUGGAGAUUCAAUUCAAGAAAGUUCGGAAGGUGUGAAAUAUUAAUAACAUUCCAAUGGGCGGGUCCCAACCAUUGGAAUGUAGGCCUGCGCAGAACAUGUGCGCAGAACGGACUUUACAUGGUCUUUAAACCUUUCCUCCGAAUCUCCAGAUUUCACAUUGAAUCAGUACAUAAUAGCUUAAAAUAAUUGUAGUUUUUUUUAAUUAGUAAGUAAUUUGAGGGUACAGUUUUAUUAUGACCUUUAAAAUUUUUGGGCCAAAUAUUUUUCCUUUUGAUCAUCUAUAAUAUACGAAUAGUUUCGUUUAUGAGCUUUUCAAUCACUUUUUGGUGAUAAAUAUUCAGGUUAUCAUCUUUCUGAAGCAAAUGAACGUCCUGUUGCAUUUUGAGUGAUUUUAAGAAUUUAUAUAGUCUAAAACUGAAUAUCACGAAUAUAGUGAUUACACAUAACUUUUAUUUACUAAAAACCUUUCAGAUGCGUGGAAAAUUCGCUAUUUAAUAAUUAAUAAAUUUUAUUUAUUGCAAAAAGAGAUUUUAUUUUUUGCAGGUGUAUUCGUGGCCGUUUUAUGUAUUAGCAUGAUUUUCUUGAUUUUGUUUGCAUCAUCGUUUAUUUGGAAAUGCAAGCGGAAGAGAUCUUUAUCAACUGGUAAGAAGCUUUUCUGUGUUUUAUUUCAACGAUUGAAUUAUACUUUCUCCAUCAAUAUCAAGAUUUUGUUGGCAUCUCACUCGCUUGAAUAUAACAGCUGGAGUGUUUUAUCAUAUUUAAAAUGCGAGUGCGCAGCACGAGCAUUUUAGAUAUGAUAAAACACGACUACAAUUGUUUUGAAGAGCUUCAAACACGACUACAAUAGAUGGCUCUGAAUAGAUGCCGUCUCAUUAAUAUUCUUUAUAAAGAAUACUAAUAGACCUUUCCCCUUUUCGUCCUGGUUAGGUGUAAUAAAUGUAUUUCAAACAUUGGCAAAUCAUGUCAACCAUAAUAUGUCACGAAGAGGCUUUAUACCUGAUAAACCUCAUCUUCAUUUAGUAUUCUUUAUAUAAACAUCCAUCCUAAUAGACCUUUCCCCUUUUAAGUUAAAUUUUGAUCUAGACAAGUCUGGACAAAAAUUUCAUCACAGUUUGAAAGAGCAUCACAAAAUUAGUAAUAUUCCGAUGUUUCGUUGCGAAAUGUUGUAAAAUGCGGAUAAUCUAGCCUUGCGAAGUUUGCCGAUUUUCAGUCAUUUGGUAUUACAAACGGGAAAUUGAUAAUCAGAUGAUCAUCUGAUUUAAAACUUCACUUAAUUUAAAAGGGGAAAGAUCUAUUAGGAUGGAUAUUUAUAUAAAGAAUACUAAAUGAAGGUGAGGUUUAUCAGGUAUAAAGCCUCUUCGUGACAUAUUAUGGUUGACAUGAUUUGCCAAUGUUUGAAAUACAUUUAUUACACCUAGCCAGGGCCAACUGCAAAAAUUGCAACCAUACGUCAAAAAGUGCAACCAUACGUCCUUGAACUAGUUGCAAUACAUCUCUCAACAUUGAUAAUCGCAUUUGGCUAAAAGAGAUAUUUAACACAGACUUCUCUGUUACUUGAAUUACCGAGGAAUUAAUAAAAUUUGUACGAUUGGAAAUUGAUAUAAUGCGCAUCAUUACUCUACAUCGUAAACUUUAUUGAUUUUAUGUAAAUAAAAAAAUGAGCGUAAAGUUUAAAAACAAAUGAAACCGAUUGUGUCUGCUCUAAUCUAAUUUGUGCUUUUAUGUACUAGACAAAAAUAUUCAACAUUCGACACUGGUUACAACCUGCAACACACAUUGUACUUUCUGGCCAGUGGUACAGUGUGGUAAUCGUAACAAACCUGCUGAAACACAUGAUGAUUCAAUUGAUGAUAAACUUGUUAAUUUGGAUGAAGUGCCGCAGGGACUAAUUGCUAGAGAAAUUAUAAAGAUUCCUGAAAACUCUAAUUUUAGCAAUUACCAACGCCCUACAGAAGCUUUCAUUCCUUCUGAGGAACGGUUGCUAUCAUAUUCCAAUAAUCAAAGUUCAGAUGUUACUGUCGUUGUCAAUCCAAUAUCUUCCAAAAUAGAUGAGGUAUUAUUAAUGCACUCAGCGAAGUCGAUUUCGUCAACCCCCUCAGUGUCUUCGCAGUGUUGUUCCUCUUCAAUUGAAGAUACCGACGAUAUUUUUGCUGGACCAUGUACAUUUUUUCAUCUUAAUCAGCCGACUAAUACUGAGUUAAGAGUGGAUACCACCAGCGAUUACAGUAGCGAUGUUUUUGCCACAAAUCUUGGAAGAUCACCGAACUCAUCUCCUACGAUCUCCAAUACUUCAGAGUUAUUGAAUAAAAUGAUUACAAUUCCUCCAAAUGCAGAUAAAAGGUAUUUAUAUAUUAAAUUUUUAGCCCGAUGCGAAUUACAAGUAUACUUUUUCACAUGAAAAUUUAAUAUAAACUUGUUUAAUAUAAUGAUAAAUAAUUUGUGCUUCAUAGCUUGUUUGAAAUAAACGAUGCAACAAGCGAUACCUUUUGUGGCAAAUUUCUAAAUAUAGCCUCAUAGGACAAAUGUUGCAUAAAGCUAGCGCAUUAAUCUGAUACUUUUAAUUGAUACUAUUUAUUGGUCGAAAUAUAUGUUAACAAGGGAUAUUUUUCGUCUACCUUUUCUCAUAUAUUUUGAAUUUUUUAAGAAAUAGAAACUAAAUUUUUAAUGCAUGUUCGAUUCCUGCUAGAAGACCUGUAAUAUUGAUACAAUUUUCGCAGCCGUUUCUGGACGGGUCUAAAAAUGUAAUGAAUUUAUACUUGGAAUUUUUAUCCACAAAAACCUUUCAACAUUUAGUUUUCCCAGUUCAGAUGCCCAAAAUCCUGAUAUUUACCCAUGCACUAGUGCUACGACAGCUUUUUGCUCAGACUUGCUUAUGGUCUUCCACCAAUGUUCUGCCUUAGUCGUAAUCUCGUACCCAAAAUAUGCUCGUUAGCCGACCUUCAACCGUACAUGAUUAGUCCAAGUCAAUGGUUUUUACAGCAUAUCAAUUCUCGAUUCCUUUCAUGUGAGCCUCAAUGUCAUGUGAGCCCUUUCAUGUGAGCCGCCGCUCAUGUCUCACACGACGUUGGAUAUAGGAUUGCUUCACGCACCAUGAUGUACCUAGUACGCUAUAUGGAUUUAUAUUAUUGAUUUCCUCAAAAUUACUUAAAUAUCUUUUACAGGUAUUUUGCAAGUUCUUUGAUUGAUCAUAAUGGUGGUGAAGUUAUCUUAGCGAACACAGGAAUUAAGCUGGUUAUUCCGGAAGGAGCAAUCGAUAUUGAAAAAACAGAAGUAGUUUACCUUGCUUUGCUUGGCAACUCAGAGUACGUCCCAAAAGAAUUGGAUGAUGAUGAAACCUUGCUCACUCCAGUUGUGAUGUGCGGCCCACAUGGACUGCGGUUCAAGAAACACGUUCUGCUAAUCGUACCACAUUGUGAUGUAGUUUCUGAUGAAUUGGAUACGAGCUUUCGAGGUUUGAAUUUUAAUCGUGCCUCGAAUUAUGUGAUUAUUUAUCUUCCUGCGGCCGGUUGUUCAAAGGUGGGUUAGCGCUAGCGCCUGCCCUUUUAGUUAAAGUGUAUUUCUGCACGUUUGGUUUAUUUCAAAACUUCAGAGAAGUAAACUCGUAUCGAUCCAGAUAAAAUCUCUGAAGAAAUAUUUCCAAAUUUAUAGACAAGCUAUCAGGUAAUUCGCUUUGAAUUUUAGAUUAACCGAGGGCUAAGCUAACCCAACUUUGAACAACUGGCCCCGGAUCGAUUUUCAACGAUUCGUUUUGUGAUGGAAAGACUUAUUUAUUUCGCAAUGCUUUUAAAAAUUAUGUCUAUAUGCAUAUUUUAUUCUUAAAACAGAGAUAUUGAAUGUUUUGGCUGGCAAAUUGACGUAGUACAGCAUAUAGCAAAAAGUAAAUGUUUUUGAAAAAACUCUUCUAAAAUCAUUAAUAAUUCAUGAUCAAAAAGAAACGAAAUCAAUAUUUACUUAGUGGAGGAAAACGUCCAACGGGACACUUUGAAACUUUCUAAAGUAUUAAUACUGUGAAUUCAGAAAUUACUUAAUUUCGAAGUAUAACUAGUACUUUUGAAACGACGUGAAUUACAAAGUUUAGGAAGUUUGUUCAAAUACGUGACUUAAUUCGUACGUUACCAGGCCAUCUCAAACUCAUUAAUAAUUCUCAUUCAACUAUAUUGCUUUAUUUUGCUCGCAUGAUAAUACUAGAAACCUGCCCUUAGACUGGACUGCGGCUCGUCUUUUCAAAACGCACUCGAACUUUGAAAUCCCGGUAAAGUCCCAUAUCUUGUGUUUGAACUAUUACGACUAUUUGACAUAUAAAAAACCUAAAAGGAAAACUAUCAAUUUGUUAUAAAAAGGUAUCCAUGAAAGGUCUGCUACUUCUACUUUGAUUUUACUGUGGUUGCCUAUCAAAACAGUAAUUUGUCUUAUUUUUAAUAUAUUUUUGUUUAUUAAAUUUUAUCUGAUAGUUCUUUGCAGCGAUACAGCGCCGGAGAUUGUCCCAGACUGGAAAAAAGUUUUCAAUGUCGACGAGGAACCCAACGAAGAUGUAUUUUGUGGCAUGGGAGAGCAACAUUUCAGCCUAUAUCUUCUUCAUUUCUCUUGGUACACAAUUGCUGGAAAAGGAUCUGCCAGGAAUUUCAGUGUAGCAGCAUACCAUACGAGCCUUCAUCAACCAAAUGAGGAUUUUAAAGUGAGAGUGUAUUUCAUACCAAUUUCGCAAAACUCCUCUGUAGCUCAGCAG